AAACCUUCACAUCGGAUGAUCGGCAUACGAUAAUACUAAGGCUGAUGUCGUGCCUGUUGUUCGCUUGGCCAUAUCUUUGUUUGAUACGGGCAAGUUGACUAAUAUUGACGACUUGAAAAGUUUGAGUUCUGGAAUAUGAUCUCCUUGGACUUGAGAAUCAGUAUAAAGAACCUACCUUCUCGCACAUCCUUGCACUACCAUCUUGUUCCUGCCAACAUCAUCGUCUGCAUCACUAGCCAGGACCCAGCUAUCAGAACCAGAUACCCCAACUGCGUCACUCUGUCCAUCAUGGCUUCUCUUGCUCAAGUCGCCUCUGUCAUCCUCUUUUUGGGGGGUAGCAUGGCAUCUCCUACUGGGAACAACUGCGAGCAAGUCACCCCUUACGUACUCACCUACAAAGACAUUGGCUCGAGUGCUCUUCCUAUCUUGAACCCUGUAUUCCCGCCUACCCCUUACAAACAACUGAAGUACUCGGGCCUCGGAGUCAAGUCCGUCGGAGGGGCGCUUGAUCCCAACCUCCGCGAGAACGAGUUCCUGGUGUACGGCACCAUCACCACAGCCUCGACACUGGAGAAUCCAUUGAUCACCAAAGACUACGAUGGAUCAAAGGUAAAAAGCUUUGAGCUUGAGACGUUUGACUUCCAGUGUGUUCGCACCGGCCUCGAGAAUAUGAAGAGGGCUUGCAAGCUCACCGUGAAGGGAGUGGACGUGAAUGGGAACACCAUCACUGAAUUCUGCUCAUAUGAACCCGAUGUUCUUGGAUCAAGCUUGGCAAAGUGCAGCCUUGUCAAUCAGAAAAGUCUCAAGAGCGUCAGCUUUGAAACCGCAAGUCCUAUAACAGGAACCACCAUCACGAUCUUGACGGCCAUGGACAACCUCAAGGUCAACGUGAAGGCGUCAACUUGUUGAUGAUGGGUUGUCAAGAACCUCACCCCAUUCUAGAUAAGUCUAGUCUCGGGCACUAAAACAGAGAGGGUGACUUCAACUUGGGACUUCACACGAUUGUUUCUUGGGGCCGAAAGCAAGACGACUUACACAUACACGAAUAAGACUUUGAAUUCGUUUGGAGGAGAAGACGUGGUCAUGGAUUUAUCGUUGGGCUCCGGGCCAGAGGCCAUUAUUACCUUCCUUAAAAUUAAGCUGCACUACCUGUCACUCAUUUAAUCAAUCUAAAAUACAUACA